AUGAACCUCCUGCACACAGUUAUCUUGCUGGCACUCGCCAGUCUCUCUCUCGCAGGCAACUGUCCCUUUGCCAAAUUUGCCAAACCUGGCGAGAAGGGUGUCCCCCAACUUGAUCAUGAAAAACUGGGCGCAUUCGUUGCCAAGAUGAAAGAGCUUGCUCCCGAACAAGCUGAAGGUCUGACAGAGAAGUUUCAGUCGGCAUUUGAUUCAGCAUCUCAGCAUCCCCACGUCAAGCAUGAUCUCUGA